AUGUCUGGUCCUCCUGCGAAACAACCCCCAUCUGAGCCCGACCGGCCUGUGUUCAAGAGUCUCACCGUGUCUCUGUCCAGCGAGAGUCUCAAGAACGACUUCCAGUCGUCCAUGAUCGACGAGUUCGACCUUCCGGACAUCGACGACGACGAAACAGACUCAGAGUUUGGCGGAAAGGUAGAACAGCUGUACGACCGGUCUUCAGAGGGCCUCGAGCUCGGAGACUACUCGUUUGUCGGUUUCUCAGACUCUACAGAGAAAUCUUCCGAUCUUGACGCGUUGUACCAUCAAAUGGCGAAAGCCUUGGAAUAUCGCGAUAAGUUGCUAGUCAAAGCGGUCAUCAAGGAGCUCGAGAAAGAAAUCCGGCCUAAACUCAAGAAAAUGGAGCAGAAUCAGCACAAAUACGAACUGUUAAAGAAAAUAUACAAGCUGCCAAGCGUCUCCAACUUGGCGAGCCAAGAUAAGAAACCGGCCCCAAAACAGCCACGGAAGUCCCAAAAGUCCAAGAGACGCCACUCCUCGGUACACCAGCACACUCCUUUGACCCCCAUCUCCGAGGAAUCAGACAAAAGCGAAACCAGCUCCUUGCAACGCACCCGGUCACAUGACACGAGUCACACGACGGCUUCAAGUGGUAGCCGGUCAGCGAGCUCGAUCCCAAUACCAAUCCCGAUCCCGUCGCUCGAUCCAACUUACAACCGUGCAGUUGACCAGCGCGACCUGCGUGUGCUGUCCACUAUCGAGCUGAUCUCCAUCAAGAACCGGCUCCAGAAUCGCACGUUCCCAGACGUUGGACGCAUAACCGGUCUAGUGCUCAAGUUCGAGCAGAACUCAGACUACACGCCAGGAACACGCAAGUCGCUGGUGAUCCGUAAACUCAACAACAAGGCGCUACUCCAAGAAAUCGAGUUCGAGCUCAACGUCCGGGGAGAAGUGAGCAAGUCUGUUUUGUAA